AUGACCCUGAAGACCCACAUGUUUCAGAAUGUGGAUCGCGGCCGCCCGUGGCUUCUUCAGCCACUGACAAUUCUGCUGCUGUUGGCUUCUGCCGACGGGACAGCUGCCGAGGUCCUGCAGCCUGUGCUGAAGCUCCAGCCGCCGUGGAUCCGGGUGCUCCAGGAGGACUCCGUGACCCUGACGUGUCAGGGGGCCCACGGCCCCGGGAACCACUCCACCCAGUGGCUGCACAACGGCAGCGCCAUCCCCAGCCAGGUGCAGCCCAGCUACACGUUUAAGGCCAAGAAGAACGACAGCGGGGAGUACAGGUGCCAGACAGGCCCUAGCAGCCUCAGCAACCCCGUGCAGCUGCACGUGUUUUCGGAGUGGCUGGUGCUCCAGACACCCCAGCUGGUGUUCCAGGAGGGGGAACCCAUCGUGCUGAGGUGCCAUGGCUGGAGGAACAAGACUGUGUACAAGGUCACAUUCUACCAGAAUGGAAUAUCCAAGAAGUUUUUCAAUUACAACAGCGACUUCUCCAUCGCUCAAGCAAACCACAGCCAUAGCGGUGAUUACUACUGCAAAGGAAACAUAGGAAAGACGACCUACUCAUCAGAGCCUGUGACCAUCACUGUCCAAGGUCCGGCAGUUCUACCUAUCUCUCCACCUUGGCACCAAAUCACUUUCUGCUUGGUGAUGGGACUCCUGCUUGCAGUCAACACAGGGCUGUAUUUCUCUGUGCGGAGAGAUCUUCAGAGCUCAGUGAGGGACAGGAGGAAUCGCAAAGUCUGAUGGAGACAGGGCCUUCAGGACACACUCCUCACUCCAUGGGACAACAGCAGAGGCAACAUCUCCCAGGCCACACCUUUCCUUCCCCCAGUGCCUUUCCUUCAGAGUCACCUGGUUCCCAGGAGACCCCACCCACCUUUUGGGCUCCAGCCCCUGGACUGAAGCUCCUCAGUAGAUCUUGCUUCUCCAUCAACAUUCACCCAGCAACCUGACUGCUUCUCGGGACGCUACUCCUACGACACUGGGCCGAGGCAUGUUAGCUGUCACUCAGACCCACUGCAGUGGCUUCCCGACUGGGCUCAGCCCCUGCUGCUCACCCAUGGUUAGUCUUGCUCAUUUUGACUCCUCCUUGAAUAUGCCAAUUACGCUUCUGCCUAGAGCCCAUGUUACUUCCUGUGUCUGGAUGUAUUUUUUUUUCUUAAGGAUACCCACAUCAUUCUUUUUUUUUUUUUUUCUUGACAGGCAGAGUGGACAGAGUGGAUAGUGAGAGAGAGAGAGAGAGAGAGAGAGACAGAGAGAAAGGUCUUCCUUUUUGCCGUUGGUUCACCCUCCAAUGGCCGCUGCGGCCGGCGCACCGUGCUGAUCCGAAGCCAGGAGCCAGGUGCUUCUUCUGGUCUCCCAUGCGGGUGCAGGGCCCAAGCAUAGCAGAGAGCUGGCCUGAAAGAGGAGCAACUGGGAUAGAAUCUGGUGCCCUGACCAGGACUAGAACCCAGUGUGCCGGAGGAUUAGCCUGUUAAGCCAUGGCGCCGGCCAGGAUACCCACAUCAUUCUUUAUCGGGUCUGUUGUGGCUUGAAUGUGGGGUUUGUUGCCACCAAAACUCAUGUUGAAACCUAGUCUGCAGUGCAGUGACAAUGUUGGGAGGUGGGGCCUGGUGGGAGCUGUUGGGUCAUGGGGACGGAGCCCUUGUGAGUGGAUUCGGGCUUUUCUUGUGGGAGUGGGUUGGUUGCUGCAUGAGCACGGUCCCCUUUCUGUGUUGCUUUCCUGCCACGCGUGGAGCGGCAGGAGGCUCUCACCAGCAGCUGAGCAGAUGCAGCUGCCAGUUCCUGGGUCCCCAGCCUCCAGAACUGUGAUGUAAAUAAAGCUCUUUCCUUAACAAACUGCCCCCUUGCAGGUGUUCUGUUAUAGCAAUAGCCAGUGGACUAAGACAAUGCUCUUUAGGACUUUACUCCAAAUGUCACAUUAUCAGUGAGUUCGUCUUGAUGAUUUAAUCCAAUCUUAUUCUACCAUAUUCCUUUCUAAAAUUUUUUAUAAAUAUAAAGAGAACAGAUUUCAUGUAUUUCACAGAUACAAUUCUAAGAUGAUAACCAUACUUCCCUCCCUCCCCCAGCCCCUCUCUUCCUUCCAUUCUUUUUCCUUUAAUUUUUGCAACAACCUAACUUCAGUUUGCUUUAUAACCACAAGCUUGAUGCACCACCAGCCAUAAUAUUCAACAAAUACAAAGCAGAAGGAUGACUGUUCCACAGGGGUAUAGACAAUGGCUAAAAACAAUAAUCAAAUCGGAAAAUGUCAGUUGCAUUCUUAUACAUUGUUUUUGUAUUCUAUGUAAACUACUGCCUAUCAGAGAAAACAUGUGAUAUUUGUCUUUUUGGGACUUCUCUGUACUCCUAGUCCCCUCUCUGGCUUUAUUUUUCUCCCUUGUUUCUAUCAUGAUGUGAUGUACUGUAUGCUUAUUUAUUUGUCUGUUGACUGAAUUCUUCUCCCACUCCCCAAUAGAACUUGAGCUCCAGGGGAGCUUAGCAACAAUGGAAUCCAAUCUCCUCAUUGUAAAUUCAAGGCAGCUGUGGCCCAGAU